AUGAGUAAACACAAGAAGAAACCUUCACCUAGGAGGGACAUACCCAUUGAUUUCGUUGCUCCUUUGUCUGAAUGUUCUGUGGUCCCUAUUGAGAUGACAAAAGCUCAUUUCUUGGAUGCUUACUCCAAAGGGAAAUGGAAUUUGAGUGAUGUACCUAGACCUGUCUGUUUGCAAGGUGUUAAUUUUAUGAUCCCCCCAGAAUGUUAUCAUGAAUUGAAUAGAGUUAUGAUUGUAGAUAAGUAUAUGAAUUUGAAACAAUGGGAGGAAAAAUCGUUUUUCAAGAAAUUGAUAGGGUCAAUAAAAAGAUCAUUUGAAGUAGGUGGUGUCAGCAUUUCCUUGAUUACUACUGAAAAGGUUGUGUUUAAGUAUGAAACAACUAUAGAAAUGAAUGAAUUACCAAGGGAAUUAUCCAUAGAUAGUCAUGCUAUAUUAUCUAGAGAUUAUCUCCUUUUACAUGAUGCUACCAAAGAUUGGAGGACAACCAACAACCCCUUGGUAACAGGUAUACCUUAUAUUAAAUUUUAUUGUGGAGUACCUCUUUUGACAGAGAAAAAAGAAAUAAUUGGGAUCUUAGCCAUUUUCGAUCAAUUUCCCAAACCCGAACCUAACUUCACAACAAAACAUAUUGAAAGAUUGAAAGGAUUUAGUACUGAAAUAUUGACAUUUUUAAAUAAACCAAUUGAACUAAAGAACUCCACAAAACCUUUGACGUUCAACGAAAAUUUGAUAGAGUUGAAUGAACUACAAUCGAAACUCGGAAGAGCUACUGGUCGUGGUUCUCUCAUGACAGUGUUUGAAAAAGAUGGUAGUGGUGGCCCAUAUUUACAAAACAACAAUUUCAAAUUUUUAACAAAGCUUACCAAUCUGGAGAAUGAAGAGAUUUCAAACAAUAAAGUAUUAAUGGACAAAUUAGUUAGAAUGGGUAACAUAAGAAGGUCUUCCAAUUUAUUGUGUAGAAUACUAACAGUCAAUUACAACAUUGAUUAUGCCUAUAUUUUGGAAAUAAGAGUAGCUGAAAGUUAUAAUAUUGAUAGUAAGUAUUUCCCUGAAAAUGUGUCAAAGAUUGAUUCGGAAAAUUUCGAUUUCACUGACAAAUUGAUCAAGAAUCCAAAAACAAGCAAUGAUUUCAUGACAAGGGUUAUUGGAAAUUUUGGUCCGAAAUACUCCAACAUGAAUUAUGAAACUGCCAUUCAUUACAAAUCCUUCGUUUCAGAAUUCGGAAUAAAGUAUAAAAAUGAACAUAAAAACGCCAUGUUCAAUAGCGGAAUUUUAAUUCCUUUCCACAGGCACAAUUCCAAGUUGGUUAAGCAAAAACGUAAAGGCGAUUCUCUAGAAGUAAGUUUGAGGAGUGGGGGUUACUUAAUCGGAUUAUUCAGAGAAAAAUUGGAGGAUGAAUUCAAAGAUGAAGAAAUUUCAAGAAUAUUCAAUAAUGUUUCCAUCUUGAGGAAAAUUUAUAUUUAA